AUGGGUAAACGAGUUGUUUUUAGUGCAAGAACAGUAAUAACACCAGAUCCAAAUUUAUCAAUUGAUCAAGUUGGUGUACCAUAUACAAUAGCACGAAAUUUAACUGUACCUGAAAUCGUAACACCAUUUAAUACUAAAUGGUUACAAGAAUUAAUUAGUCAUAAUGCAGCUAAAUAUAUAAUAUUGGAUACAAGUGAUAAGAUUGAUCUUCGUCUUCAUCCAAAACCAUCUGAUUAA